AUGGCUCCAAUACCUUUACUCCAGUCCUCAUUCAUAACGGAUGGCAACAACACGGCUCUCUGGGACAAGCAAAUAAAGCCCGCUCUACGCUGUCCGUCGAGUAAAGCUGCUAGGGCACUUCAGUGUGAAGUAUACGAACAGUGUACGUGUAAUCCAGCCGAAACAAAGGCCAAUUGCAAGUGCUUAAAUGUGCCAAUACAGAAACACUUCAAGAAUCUGCAACAGCGAAUGCCCGUUAUUUUACCAUCUAUAACUUUUGAAGAAUCAAAGCAUGGUGUCAAAGCAAGUGUUCAAAGCAUGCUCUCGACAGAAAUAAUUGUAACCCUACAAGAAGAUCUAUGCACUAACGUCGUCGUGGACAACGACAUAUGCAUGGUAGAGAACACGCAGUUGUUAGGCUGCUAUAAUUGCGAAAAGGGGGCUUAUGCAAAAAUUAAGUGUUUUUCCUCUCGGUCAAGUAAAGCAGAGAUCAUCUGCGAAGGAACAAGUUUCACAGCUCCGUGCGGCAAACAAGGAAUCGAGUCAAUCAUGAGAAUCAGCCCUACUCAAGCAAUGGUCCGCAUGAAAUGUUCAGUCUCAUGCGGAGAAGUCGUCACAACAUUUGAAGUCGGAGGAGUUCUCAAAUACACAGCAACUUUCGAGGCAAUGCUGUAUAAAUGGCUUACGAGCAAUAGCGAAAGUGCUUCUGCCGAAAUCAAGUGGCCUGACCUUUACCAUCUAUUUGACGUAUUCAGCCAAUGGUAUAAAACGGUACUCAUUGCAGGAGUCGCACUCAUCUUUGUGCUAGGAGUAACUUAUGCGUUCAUUUCCACCUGUGGACUCAGAUGCAUAAUCAUUAUUGUCACAAAAUCGAUGAUCAAGCCUAUACGGAAAGUGUAUCAGUCCAUCUGGAGAUUGUGCUUUUGGACUCUGCGCACAUGUCUGACUCGAAAGAGAGGGGCAACCAAAAUAAAGCUAUGA